AGAAAAGGGAUGCCUCUCACUUGUUCGCUAUCCGUUGGUCAUGUUUACACCUAUCCCCUGCUCACGCGUUUUCGCACAGACGCCUUCCCUGUUCUUUCCCCGCCUCACCUCUUCCACGCAUUAUUUCUACUCACUUGUCCACGAUCUUUCUUUAUUCGCUCGUUUUAACCUUUCUGUCUGUGUGUGCUUCUCUUUCACGACCUUUCUUUAUUCACUGGUUUUAUCCUUUCUGUAUGUGUGUGCUUCGCCAUUCUUAUCAGUUAUCUGGCAAAACCCAAACCCACUUUCAUUCAUUUCUCUUGUUUGCUUGACUUUCUCUUCCUUUGUAUUCCAAUGGCAACAGCAGAGCAUUUAUACCCAUUUGCUCAGGAUUUCAUAUUAAUCACGGUCCUAACUGUAGCUUUUAUCCUUUUUUUGUAUCUAUUACAAAGGUAUUCUUGGCUUCGCCAUUCUGGAAAACACACAGCUGUGCAGAGAGACAAUGCCUUUGAGGAAAUCGCACCACCAUCUACAUCCGCAUCAAAGAAACUGCCCUUCGAUGUGUUCAUUAAUCAUCGUGGUCCUGACACAAAACAUACUCUGGCCUCUUCUAUUUACAGUACCCUCCAUGGCAUGGGACUCCAAGUUUUCCUGGAUAAAGAGGUGCUUGAACUGGGUGAUAGCAUACCAUCUGAAAUAGAAGAGGCCAUGCGCACCUCUUUCCUUCAUAUUGCCAUACUUUAGCCCAACUAUGCCCAAUCUCCCUGGUGUUUGGCCGAGCUGUCAUUUAUGCUCAAAACCGGCAGCACAGUCAUUCCCGUGUUCUACAAUGUUGACCCCAGUGAUGCCCGCUUCCUGAAAAGAUCUUUUGCUGUUGCAUUUGCCGACCACGAAAGGAAGAAGAGAUAUACUCCAGAGAAGCUCAAGGAUUGGAAAGAGGCACUCCAAAAAGUUUCGUAUCUUUCUGGCGAAAUCCUGAAGGACGAGGAGAUGAAAGUGGAAAGCCAUUCAUUCCAGAAGUAUUUCCGCUACAUGAAAAAUUUCUUUGCUGAUGCAUUCGCGGCGCACGAAAGGAAGAAGAGAUCUAUUCCAGAAAAGCUGAAGGAUUGGAAAGAUGAUGAAGGACGGUUAUUGAAGAAUAUAGUAACUUGUAUACUGAAAAAAUCAAACAAGGCUUCAAUGAUUGUUGCUAAUCAUCCUGUGGGUCUUGAUGAAGUAGUAGAAGAAUUGAAAAGUGUUCUUGAAGAUUCUAAGACUGUACAAAUUGUGGGAAUUGUCGGUAUGGGUGGGAGUGGAAAAACCACUCUUGCAAAAGAAUUAUAUAACAGGAAAAUAGCCUCCAUCUAUAGAUGCAGUUUUGUUUCUGGUAUACGAGAGGCAGCAGCUAAUAAAAAUUUGCACUCUAAGCAGAAAAGGCUGAUGGAAGACCUUGGUUUCAAAGAUUCUAAUGAUUUAUCAUUUGAUGACAUAGAAAGAGGGAAAGCAAUCCUAAAAAGAAAAUUGAGCUAUCUUCAAGUAUUCAUUGUUUUGGAUGAUAUAGGUCAUCAAGAUGAAUUAGAUGCUUUAUUACCAAUAAAAGAUUUUAGAUGUGGUAGUUUAAUUAUUGUCACGAGUCGUGAAUCACAUGCUCUUCAAUUAUGGGGAAUCUCUUCCAUGUAUCAUAUGAAAGGAUUAAAUCUUAAACAUGCUAGAGAGCUUUUAUGCUGGCAUGCUUUCUUGCAAUCCUCUCCUCCAAAUGAAUUUCAAGAUCUUGUUGAAGAGUUUGUACAAUUUUGCAAUGGCUUGCCCUUAUCUCUUAAAGUAUUUGGAGGACUACUUUAUCAAAAGGCCAGAGAAUUUUGGAAAGCUCAAUUGAGUGAGGCAUCAAGAAUACUGCCCCGUGACAUUAAGGAGAGUCUUAAAAUAAGUUUCAAAGCAUUAGAGGAGAAGGAACAAGAAAUAUUUUUAGAUAUAGCUUGUUUUUUUGUUGGAGAAGAAAAAAGUUUGACCAUUGCAGUGUUGGAUGGGUCAGGAAGGAAUGGGAUAUAUAGUUGGGAAGUGCUUCAGAAUAAGUGUUUGGUUGAGGUCGACGAGCUUGAUCAUAUCAAAAUGCACGAUCAGCUGAGGGAUCUCGGAAGAGAAAUUGCGGAGGGCAGGUCACCCUUCCGUGUUUGGUCAACACAGCAAAUCAGGGACAUUCAGAUAGAAACCACGGAAAGAGUGGUGAUUCGGGGAAUUAAAGCGGCAACAGAUGAUUUCUAUGAAGAGUGUUCAUACCAUCAAGGUACACCUUUUGAAGAGUGUAUGAAGCUUGUGAGAGGCUUUUUUACACCUUCUAUCCUCGUUGUUCAGAAGAAUUAUUUUACAAAAGAAUUAGCAAGACUAUUGCCAGGCCUUGUCUGGCUGCGAUGGACCCACACUCCGGAGACAACUCUUACGUCGUGGCUUUUGUUCAAGAAUUUAAGAGUUUUAGAGCUUCCAAAUGCUGAAGUCUUAGAAGAAUUGUGGAACGACACUGCCGUCCCUCCUUUGGAAUUAAGAGAGCUGAAUCUUCAACAUGCCGAAAAUUUCCUCGGAUUUCCGAGGUCAAUAAAACGUCUUAAACAUUUGAAAAAGAUAACCUUGGAUGGUAAUUAUAGUGUUCCUAUGGACAGUCUUCCAGAAGAGUUUUGUCUACUUGAAUCACUGGAGCACCUCAAGCUAAGUAAAUGUAGUGAGUUAGAGUCACUGCCUGAGGACUUUGGUAAUUUGACAAACCUGCGACAUCUAGACUUGAGUUAUUGCAGAAAGUUGAGGAUGUUGCCUGAUUCUUUUAAGAAGCUCAUAAAUCUACAGUAUAUCAAUUUCCGUUUUUGCAGGAACCUCACUUUGAUCCCAGAGAACGAAUACAUUCUGGAAAAUGUGACAAAGCUGGAGACUGUCGAUUUUUCAGAAUGUGCAAAAGUGCAGAAGCUACCUCAGCAUAUCACAAAUCAAUUGUCGCUGAGACAACUGAAUGUGAAGGGCACAGGGUUAAUGGAAUUACCAAGUGACAUUGGGGAACUGAGCAAAUUGGAGGAGCUGAGCAUAGAAAGUGAGUUCUUGACAAGCUUGCCGACCUCUAUCGGGAAUUUGUCCUCCUUGACUAGACUUGAAAUUUAUCAGUGUAAAAAGUUGGAAAUUUUACCUGAGUGUAUAGGUCAUUUGCCCUCUUUAACUAGUCUUGAAAUUUCUAAUUGCGAUGGACUAAAAUCUUUUCCCGAAUCUAUGGGUCAUCUGUCCUCUUUGACUAGUCUUCGAAUUUCUAAUUACUCUGGAAUAAAAACUUUCCCCGAGUCUAUAGGUCUUUUGUCCUCUCUGAAGAAUCUUGAUAUUUUUGCAUGUUCAGAUUUAGAAACUUUACCGGAAUCUAUGAACCAUUUAUCCUCCCUUAUAACUCUCAAUAUAUUUUGUUGUAGGAAGUUGAAAUCUUUACCUAAAACUUUAGCUUAUUCACCUGAGACUGUGAGAGAUCUUAAUCAGUCAGAAGAACUGAGCAUACAGUCAACUCCAGAGAAGUCUCUUCCAAAAACAAGUGUGCAGUUUGACAAUCUUCAAAGUUUAGCUAUAGAGAGCCGCCCCAUUACAGAAUUUGCUUCCCCGUCGGGGUCGUCCUCUUCUUUAUUGUGUAACCUCAAAUUUAUCAAGUUAAGCAAAACUCGUGUGUCAAGGAUAUCAAUCUCUCAACAUUGCUGUCCGAGGCUGGAAACUCUAGAGCUUAAAAGUAACGAGCAGCUAGUACAGAUCGAAACCUUGCCAAUAUCAGUAAAGGCCAUAAAAUUGAGCGAAUGUAAAAUGCUGAAAGACAUAAGUGUUCUGUCGGGUAUGGUAAACCUUGAGACACUGUCUAUCAAGGACUGCGGGGACAAAUUAGAUGAAACUGCUGACCAACCCAAGAACAUACAAAGCCUGGAAAAUUGGAGAUCAAUGGAGAAGGUGGGAGCACUAUUUUGCUGUAACAUGCCAGCCAUAAAUCUGGGGGAAAUUGAGAGACUGUGGAGACUAGAGCUGUCAGCAUCAUGCAACAUAUCAGCAAUUGAACCUUGCCUUCAAACUAUAAAGAAAUGGCCAUUCGAAAGUAUAAUAUGCGCCAGAACAGAGCAUAGUGUGGAAUCGGUUAUGAAGUCUUCUAUCUUUUCUGAUCUGGCUUUUGUUGAUUCAUGCGUGGAGACAGUCAAUGAAGAGAUUCUAAUUGGUGAGUUGAGGUUAAAAGGCGCGCAGAGGCGUUGUUCCAAUGCGGCCGCAAUGGUGUGUUUUGAUAUAGAUACCACUUUAGAAACUACUUAUCUAGAAUUCAGUUACAAAAACUCUAGCAGUUCGUUUAGCGUGGGAGAGGGGAAAUGGGUAUGUUUAGGGGUUUUCACACAACCUCUCCUUAUGACAGAGGAGUACAUAAUGCACGAACUAUCCACGCGUUCCUGCAAGUUAAGGAGGGGAAUGUUAGUUAUGGACAAGCAAGAGAGAGUUGUGAAGGCUGUUAAAAAUUUGCUGGCUUUCUUGACGGGAUCUGAAUAGGCUGAAUAUGAAUGAUGAGAGAUCAAGAGAGUCCAGAAUUGAAUCGAAGUCUCAUUGAUUGCAAGGGAAGUGUAAAAAACUUUUAGUUUAAAUUAUAAUGAAUGACUUGUAUAUA